GGAAUCUCUUAAAAAAUAUAUCCAUUUUUCGUUGAAACACAAAUGUCACAUUCACAAUUAUUUGAUAAUGAAAGGCAGCGUGUUUGCCUCAUCCCGAUCCCAGCCUUACCUCAUUUAACAGAAAAGAAACGAGAAGCUGGGGUCUAUAUUUCCGGGGGCUUGUUUGCAAUAGGGUGGUGGUUUUUUAUUGAUGCCGUAGUGUAUUCUAAUUAUUUGAAAAGUGAUGAUGAUAGUGUUCCUGUAAUGAAUUUUGAGGACUGGAUAUGUGGAAUUCUAAGUACAAUUGGGAUGAUAAUUAUUAAUCUCAUUAAUAAAUCUAAUCUUACGCCUGGUAAUUUUUACGGACCUUACGGAUACGGUGGUGAAGUUAAUAUGUAUGCUCGCCUGUUCUUAUUUGUGGGCUUCGCUGCAUUGGCUGGUGGACUUGCCGGAUCUUUUACCAUAUUAAUUCUUAAAUAUAUUGUAAUUGAAUCACCACAUACAUAUUUUGGAAUUGCAUUGAUCAUUCAAAACCUUUCCAUCAUGUUCAGUACUUUUAUACUUUGGAUUGCACAGAGUGCUGAUGAUGAAAGCGGUUAUCGUAAUUACCUUUAAAUAAAAAAAAGUUAGAGUUUUUUUUUAUUUAUUUUGUU